CUUGACAUUCCCUCUCCCACACGUUCUCAGUCAAACAUUAAGUCUCAAUUUCCAGACUUGCUCAGAAUCAUGGGUGAAGAUUUCAGUACGACGACGAAACGUCCCAACUUUUUAUUUGUUCUCGCAGACGACCUUGGGUUCUCUGACAUUGGGUGCUAUGGCAGUGAAAUUCAGACACCAAACAUUGAUCGGCUGGCCGAGGAGGGCGUUCGCAUGCUCAACAUGCACGCUGCGGCGGCUUGUUCGCCAACGCGUGCGAUGUUACUCAGUGGAACAGACGCACAUCUCGGCGGUCUCGGCGUACUGAUCGAGUACAAGAACAGCGAGAAGGGAGCCAAGCGUUGGUCGGGUAAGGCUGGGUAUGAAGGUUAUCUAAACAACGACGUUGCGACGAUCCCGGAGAUUCUGGACGACAAUGGCUACUUUACAGCCAUGUCUGGCAAGUGGCAUCUUGGCCUUCGUGCGAGUCAAGGACCGUGGAAGAGGGGCUUCCAAAAGGCUUUUGCAAUGCUUCCUGGUUGUUGCAAUCACUACGGCUGGGAGCCAGUACAGGAACAGUUCCCCGUUGGAGGUCGGCCCAUCCACGCGGAGAAUGGCCAAAAGGUCGCGAUUGAGCCCAACAAGACAGAAGAUCCCGAAGGCUUCUACUCGACUGAUUCCUACACAAAUCAACUCCUCCAGUACUUUGAGGGUCGGUCGGAGAAUGACAAGUCGAAACCAUUCUUUGCAUUUUUGCCAUAUACCGCGCCUCAUUGGCCUCUACAAUGCUCGAAAGCACAACGUGACAAGUAUGAAGGUGAAUAUAAAGACGGCCCAUACGCAUUGCGGGAACGUCGACUGAAAAAGCUUGCCGAGAUGGGCAUUAUCGACAAGUCAGUGAUUCCUCACGAAGUCGAAACGUCCACAGUUGGCGUUGGCGAAUGGGAUGAUCUCACACCAGAAGAGAAAAAGCUGUCAAGCCGGGCCAUGCAGGCUUAUGCCGGCAUGGUGGACUCGAUCGAUGUCAAUGUCGGCAAGGUUGUGGAUUACCUGAAGAAGACUGGUGAAUAUGACAAUACAUUCAUCGUCUUCAUGAGUGACAAUGGAGCAGAGGGUGCAGCUUGUACAGCGGUAAUGGGAGAUAACAUCAAACGCGCCAUUCACCAAUACUAUGACAAUUCGUACGAUAAUAUCGGCUCUUGGAACUCGUUCACGUGGCUCGGACCUCUGUGGGCUCAAGCAUCGACAGCCCCUUCGAGGCUGUUCAAGUGUUUUCCUUCGCAGGGCGGCAUUCUCGUGCCCUGUGUUGUCAAACCACCUGCUAACACUUUCCUACCGUCGUUCACCCCUGGCUCGUUCCACCGCUCGUUCACGACAGUGAUGGAUUUCGCUCCUACAUUUCUAGAACUUGCGGGCGUAUCCCUUCCUGGUGUUUUUGAGACAGCCCAACAAACCUUCCCUCGGACCCUUGCACCACGCAAGAUGACCAAGUUUCGAGGAAAAGAUGUUCACGCCAUCCGUGGGAAAUCGUGGGUGCCACUCUUCAGUCAUGGGAAGAAAGUCGAAGAUGAUGAGUUAUGGGCGAUCCACUCUUCCUCGGAGCCUGUCGGAUGGGAACUCUUUGCUCGGGGUGCACUCCGAAAGGGAGACUGGAAGAUUGUUCACUUUGCCAAAAAGGAUGGAGGUGUGGGUGAAGGGGAUGAGGGUUGGGAACUUUUCAAUGUCGUGGAAGAUCCCGGAGAAACAAAGGACCUUGCCACGAGCCAGCCGGGGAAACUCCAAGAACUGCUUAAAUGCUGGCAAGAGUACGUGGUUGAAUGUGGGAUCGUUUGGGGAGAGACUGCGACGGCGUCUGGCCUUGGGAAGGACGACGCGCCUGAGCUCUGGCAGGAUGAACUUGAACUGCAAAGUGCAUGGAUGGGCGCGAGAGGCGGAGAGUGUCCGGCAGUCUGUGUAUGA